UAGACUUUAAAUCAAGAUGACAGGUUGUCGAUAAAUAUGUGGACCCAGGAAUGAAUUUGUUGAUUUAUAUUCGAAAAACACUUGGACUGAGAGGCAGUAAAUUAAGCUGUGGUGAAGGCGGAUGUGGUGCAUGCACCGUGAUGUUAUCCAAAUACGACCACCAACAGAAGAAGAUACUUCAUUAUGCCAUUAAUGCGUGUUAUACCCCUGUCUGCUCUGUACAUGGAAUGGCUAUCACUACUGUGGAAGGUGUUGGGUCAAGGACAAAGUUACACCCAGUGCAGGAGCGCCUUGCAAAGUAUCAUGGAUUGCAGUGUGGAUUUUGUACACCAGGUAUGGUGAUGUCAAUGUACUCCUUGUUACGUAACAAUCAAUUGCCAGCAGUGGCAGACAUUGAAGACGCCUUGACUGGUAAUUUAUGCCGCUGCACUGGAUACAGACCAAUAUUGCAAGCAUUCGGCACAUUUGCACAGAAGGGCUGCUGUGGAAGCCAAUCUGAGUGUAGAUGUGAUGCGAAGUGCAGUGAGAGUUAUAUUUCAAGUUUAGUAACUGGCGAAUUUGCACCCUAUAACGGAACACAGGAGCCUAUAUUCCCUUCAGAACUUCAGUUAAAUGAUCACUACCAUAGCAAAACCGUGUCCUUUGCUGGUAAAUCCGUCGUUUGGAUCCGACCUACAACGCUUUCGGAAUUAUUGAAGUACAAAUCGGACAUUCCAGAUGCUAUACUGGUUCUUGGAAAUGCUGAAGUCGGUUUUAUGCCAAAACCAAUCGGUGUCAAAUGUACGCUGCUCUCAGUCUCGCAUGUACAAGAGCUAAAACAAGUUGACUUGUCUGAAUCUUCCAUCACAUUUGGUGCCUCAGUAACUAUGUCGAGAAUGAUUGAGGUUCUGAGAGAACGAAUAGCUAAAUCGCCCGGUUCCACAACUGUUGUGUACAAAGCAUUACUGGAUAUGCUGUAUAUGGUUGGGGAUCAUCAACUAAGAAACGUUGCAGGAAUUGGUAGCCACAUUAUGACUGCGAGUCGAUUAUCUGACUUAAACCCAUUGUUAAUGGUGGCUGGAGUCACACUGAACAUUGCCUCUCAUAAAGACGGACUGAAUACAUUGCCACUGAAUAGUGAUUUCUAUACUGGAUACAGAAGCACUGUUCUAUCCUCUGAUCAGGUACUAGUGAGUCUAAGCAUUCCUUGCUCCAAAGAGAAUGAGUAUUGUGCUGGGUAUAAAGUUAAGAAGUAUGUCCAUCGACGUGAUAAAAACACUGAUAUAAUCAGCAGUGGAAUGAGGGUGCUUUUUGAAAGAAAUACCGAUAAAGUCAAGGAAAUAAGUAUAUGCUUUAGUGGCAUGGGACCCACCAUUGUCAUGGCAACUAGUGUAUCCAAACAUAUUGUAGGAAGGAAAUGGAAUGAAAGUCUGUUGACAGAAGUGAUGCACUUAUUAAGUGAACAAUUUCCAUUAGCAUCACAACGUAUGGCAGAUUAUAGGAAAGCUCUUUUGCAGAGCUUUUUCUUAAAGUUUUACAUUAAAGUUAAUGAACAUUGUGGAGUAAUGAAUAUCGUCCAAUUACCCGAUUCACACCGUUCUGCAGUUACCACAACAGAUAAAAUUGCACUAAGAAGCACUCAGACAUAUCAGCCUGUUCCCGAUCAUCAACGAAAUUCAGAUCUUGUUGGACGACCUACUAUGAAUGAAUCAAGUUCUGCGCUAGUUACCGGGGAAGCAGUGUUUCUGGACGACAUGCCUUGUCAGGAAGGUGAACUGUUUUUUUCUAUGGUUACCAGUACACGUGCCCAUGCUCGUAUAAUCUCUGUUGACACGCAUGGUGCAACGUCUCUAGAUGGGGUAAGAUGUUACGUGGGUGCAGCAGAUGUUCCCGGAAACAAUGAUUGGGGCCUUUCCGGUGAAAGACUAGACGAACAAGUGUUUGCGUCCGAGCAAGUAGUAUGCUACGGUCAAUGUAUUGGUGGAAUUGUGGCUGAUAAUCCAAAAUUGUCCAGCCAGGCAGCCAAACUGGUUAAAGUUCAAUAUGAAGAUCUUCCACAUAUACUAACAAUACAGGACGCUAUAAAUGCAGACUCGUAUCAGCCACAUAAUACACACCUUACAGUAGGCGAUGUGACGUCAGCGUUUGAUCAAUCGGACUACGUCAUUGAAGGAGAGAUAUUUCUUGGUGGACAGAAUCACUAUUAUAUGGAACCACAGUGUUGUAUCGUUCGACCUGGGGAAAAUGGUGAAAUAACUGUAUUUACUUCCUGUCAGAAUUUAUUAGUAGUUCAGACAAGAAUAGCUGACACUCUGGGUAUACCAAUAAGCAAAGUGACCUGCAGGACUCGGCGUUUAGGUGGGGCCUUUGGCGGUAAACAGACAUUUGCUGCAUCACUAGCUAUGAAAUGUGCAGUGGUAGCCCAAAAAAUUGCAAAACCAGUCCGGAGUACACUUACACGGGACGCCGACAUGCAGUUUGUUGGCGCAAGACACCCAGUGCUAGCAAAAUACAAAGUGGGAUGUUCUAAGCACGGAAUUUUGAACGUUGUACAGAUCAAGAUAUUUCUGAACGGUGGAUGUUCUCUUGAUUUAUCGGUUUGGGUAAUGCAUGAAUUAAUUUCAAACUUGCACAAUGCUUACAAGAUACCGGUUUAUGAUAUCGAAGGCAGAAUAUGCAAGACAAAUUUGCCCAGUCAUACUGCUAUACGGGGUUUUGGUUCGCCGCAAUCAAUUGGAAUUAUGGAAGCAAUCGUAGACCACGUGGCAAAUAAGUGUGGGCUGCCACCAGAAAAGGUAAGAGAAAGUAAUAUGUAUGAUGGAUUCAGCGACAGUUUAUUUCAAGACAUGCCAGAUGCCAGAAACAUGAGAAGAUGCUGGGCUGACUGUCUCAAGAAAAGUGAUUACUACAAUCGACAAAAAGACGUGGAUAACUUCAACAGUUUAAAUCGAUGGAAGAAACGUGGAAUUGCAAUGAUACCUGUCAAAAGAGUUAUGGGGUGUUUUCCACCACAUGUAGGUGGAGCACUGGUUCAUAUCUAUCUAGAUGGUUCAGUUUUACUCAGCCAUGGAGGUAUAGAGAUGGGUCAAGGGCUGUAUACCAAGACUAAACAGAUUGCUAGUCGUGUUCUUGGCAUUUCUAGCGAGUAUAUUCAUAUCGUUGAGACAAGUACGGAUAAAGUGCCUAAUGCAGUACCGACUGCUGCAUCCAGUGGAACAGAUUUCUUCGGCAAUGCUGUCAAGAAUGCUUGUGAAAUAUUGAUGGGAAGACUGAAUCCAUUCAUUAAAGAUAAUCCCAGUGGCACAUGGAAAGAAUGGGUCAAUAUCGCCUACCAGAACAGAGUCAGUCUAUCAGCAACAGGGCAUUUCAACUUUGAAGGCAAUUUUGGUCUUGACUGUGAUGAUCCAAGCAGUAGCAAGACUGCAUACUAUUUUUCAUAUAGCGCGGGGUGCUGUGAAGUGGAGAUUGAUUGCUUGACUGGUGAUCAUUAUAUAAGACAGAUGGAUAUUGUAUUGGACAGUGGCAACAGUUUAAACCCAGCCCUGGAUAUUGGACAGAUCGAAGGUGGUUUCACUAUGGGAUAUGGCUACUAUUGCAUAGAAGAACUCAGAUAUUCAGCAGAAGGAGAAUUGUUAACAAGAGGUCCCGGAAUGUACAAGAUACCAUGGAUCAGUGAUACGCCCAGACGAUUCAAUGUAUCACUGUUGCCUGACGCCCCAAACAAAGUUGGGAUAUUCUCAGCUAAGGCAGCACAACAGACUGAGAAGGGCAGGGCCCCUAACUCAGAACGAUGUCUACCAGAAGUGAGAGCUAGUAGGAAGACUGUUUUCCGCAUCAAAUAUUUAAGUGGUGCUGACUCCAGCGGUUCAAAAGGUGGUCUGCUUAGAGCUGACAACACAACAGAUUGGGAGGUUCCCUAG